AAAGAGAAAAAAGGGAUUGCACGCGUUAUCCCCUCUUCUCCAACUCCUUUCUUCAGCAAAGAGCAAACUGCCCUAGCCUCCACCAAAGAAAGGAAACCCUAGCCACCACCAAUAGUUGUCGCCGUCUGUCGGAGGGAGAGACUGCUGCCGCCGUCCGUCGCACUCGAGAACUUCUGUCUUCGUGCUCUAGGGCCUCUCGCCGGAUCCUCCGCGUCGUGUGCUCGCAUCUCGUCUCUCUCCUCUUGCUUGGCUGUUCGCGCCUUCCUCCGCCGGUGAGUGCUCGAGCUGUGCGUGUUGCUGCUCCCCCACCGCUGCUCUUCUGCCGGCAUCCGUCGCGCCCAACACCACCGUCUUCGUCUGGGCGUAGAUCCCGAGUCUCCAACCCCUUUCCUCAUUCACCAAGCGCAAUUUCUUCCUCGAAUUCGCCGGCCGCCGUCUUCUCUUCGUUUUCUCAGCCACGCUUUUUCCGCCGUUCAUCGUCGUGCUCGUCGCCUGGUCUCCGUCUCGGUCGCGCUGCUGCCCUUCUGCUCAUACUGCUUAGAUCGAAGUGUCAGGGAAGUGCCCCCACUGUUGCGAACGAAACCAAUAAAGAACGGAAGAAACCCAAAGCAAUGGAAAUCCCAGAUUCCAACCUUAUUCUAUGUUCCUGUCUCCAAGAGGAAGAGGCAAAGUUUGCUAGAAUAAUAGGCUGAUCAAUUGAAGUGCUGUCUUUGAAGGGUUGAGUGAAGAAAUUUGGUUGAAACAUGCUUCAGAUUCGGCUUAGUAAGGCUCCUGCCUCAGAAGGGUCGGCAGGGGUUAAGCCCCCACCUGUUGAGACUGUUACCGUUGCUUGCCCUGACCAUCUGGUUCUUGCUGAUCUACCUGUUGCAAAGGGCAUUGGAUCAGCUACUGCUGCUUCGCUUGUCAAGACGUUGGGCCGUAGAUCACGCCGCCAGCUCGGUGAGCGGGUCCAUUUCUGCGUUCGCUGUGAUUUUCCAAUUGCUAUAUAUGGACGGCUGAGCCCUUGUGAGCAUGCAUUUUGUCUCGAUUGUGCUAGAAGUGAUUCAAUGUGCUACCUGUGUGAUGAACGAAUCCAAAAGAUUCAGACAAUCAAAAUGAUGGAAGGAAUCCUCAUAUGUGCAGCUCCUCAUUGUCUCAAGUCUUUCUUGAAGAAGGCUGAAUUUGAGUCUCAUAUCCAAGACAGCCACUCUAACCUCCUUCGACCAAAUGCUGAUAAAGAAGAUGGAAAUGAGUCCGAGGUACAGAGUGUUAGGCAAUCUACAGCUUCAGAUGCUCGAGGUCCACAAAGGCCAGUUUUCUCUCCUGGAUCAAAUUCGCAGCAGCAUGAUCCAGAAGACAAAACACGUCGACAGCCACCAAGAGAUCAACCACCUUCAAGGGGAAAUCUGCAGCCAAAGCCACCAUUUUUUGGUCAACAAAAUCACCCUUCUGACUCCAUGCCAAGCUCUGGUUUAGGGAUUCAACAGAGCUUCCAUCAACAAAGUUUUGACAUGCCACAUCCCACCCAAGAACCUUCGCUGUUUGGUGACAGGCAGCAAUCAAUUGGUCCAGAGACCUCAUUUCCUGAGUAUCCACCAAUGCAUUCUGGUCCCAAUAUGCCUACAAUGGUUGCUUCAAACCCAAUGAUGAACCCUCCUAUGCCAUUUGGUUAUCCCCCUUACCCGCAGGAUCGUGCUCAACCGUUUUAUGGUGCUCCCUAUGAUAUACCUAGGCAGGAUUCGGCAUCUGAUAUGGGUGGAGACCAGAGUUCGUUACUGGGUUUCCCACAAGGGGUCCCAGGUGGCCCAAAUUUCCCUGGAAAUUAUCCCCAGCCCUGGCAUGCAGGAAUUGGUGGUGUGCCUUUUGAACAAGGACCGGGUGGUAUGGUUGUGGAUCCAAGGGAUGCCAAAGGCGUAUUGGCACCACAGCCCAUGAGCCUCCCGCCGCCACCACCACCUCCACCCCACAUGUCACACAUGAAGCAGAAUUACUAUCCUGGUGAUGUUGGGCAUGAAGGUCAGGGUUAUGGAUGGCAACAUGAUAGUCGUGAUAGCUUUGGUGGCCAAGGCUAGUAAGUAGUCUAAUUGUUUGGGCUUCUCAGGAUGCUUUUGCAAGAAUAGUUGUUCUUUAUGGGUGAUCUUUCGAGAACAAUUAAGCUCUUCAUUUGAGCUCAUUUUGUGGUUAUGCUCAAUUUGAAUGCCCUUUUCCUAUUUUGUCAA